CUUCGCUGCAACUCUUCUGACAGCUAGCUAGCUAGCAGGGAACUCUACAACGCUUAAAACAAGUCUGUUCAGUAAGUGUGAUCAUUCAGUGCAUGGAGGGAAAGGACAGCUCAGCAGAUUAGCUGCCUUACUACAGAGCUGGACGGACAGGAAGGGGGAGAACUUUAACCCCAGUCUCCCCAGCUGACUCUGAGUGAAGCAGCCAGCCAUGGAUGACAGCUCCUCACUCGGAAAAGUCAGCAGCUCCACAGAGUCCGUGGCCACAGUUACCAGCGAGGAGUUUGUUCUGGUCCAGUCCAGUGCUGCUGGGUCACCUCAGGGCUCGGGAGGAAAACCAAGACUGAAGAUGUCUUGGAACGGUAGUGAGCAGCUGGAGAAAGCCAUGGAGGAGCUGUUGGAUGAUGAUGAGGAUGAGGUGAAGGUGGAGAAGAGCAACGUUGAAAAGAUGGAGAAGCACAGGGACCCAGAGAGCCAAGUUCUGGAGCCCCGACCCGCUGAAGUAUGUCCCACACCCUCCAGCCCCACUGCUCCAGAGGAGGACAGUGUCCAGUUCAACAAACUGUCCUACCUUGGCUGCACCUGGGUCAAAGCCCCUCGCAACGAGGCCGAGGCACAGAGGGCCAUGGCCACGCUGAGAGCCGAAAGUGCCAUCCCUAUCCCCAUCACACUGCAUGUCCCCUGUGGACCAGACGGCUCUGUCAGGAUUGUGGACCAGGCUUCAGGCACAGAGAUCGCCUCCUUUCCCAUCUACAAGGUGCUGUUCUGCGCUCGUGGACGGGAGGGUUCGGUGGAGAGUGACUGUUUCUCCUUUACUGAGAGUUACCGGAGCUCUGAGGACUUCCAGAUUCACGUCUUUUCCUGCCACAUCAAAGAAGCUGUGAGUCGUAUCUUGUACAGCUUCUCUACCGCCUUUAAGCGCUCCUCGCGGCCGGCAGACAUCAGGGAUGUUGGAACGUCUGGUCCACCAGACAGCGACCUCUACACCUUCACUGUCUCACUGGAGAUUAAAGAGGAUGAUGGAAAGGGCAACUACAGUCCAGUGCCUAAGGACAGAGAUAAGUUCUACUUCAAGCUGCGUCAGGGAGUUCAGAAGAAGGUUGUCGUUUCAGUUCAACAAAUGUGCAACAAGGAACUCGGCAUUGAGAGGUGUUUUGGGAUGCUGCUGAGCCCAGGACAGAAAGUCUGCAACAGUGACAUGCAUCUAUUAGAUAUGGAGUCAAUGGGGAAGAGCUCUGACGGCAAAGCCUAUGUGAUCACAGGAACUUGGAACCCAAACAUGGCUGCUUUCCAGGCUUUAAAUGAAGACACGCCUAAAGAUAAACAGGUCUAUAUGACGGUAGCAGCAGACCUGGUAGUCACUGAAGUGGUGGAGCCGGUGCGCUUCCUGAUGGAGACUGUGGUGAGGGUUUAUCCAUCAAAUGAACGCUUCUGGUACUUCAGCCGCAAGACCUUCACUGAGACCUUCUACCUCAAGCUCAGACAGCAUGCACCAGAGAGGGUGGGUCAGAGCGAGGCUGUGUAUGAAGUAGUGAGUCUUCAAAGGGAGGCAGAGAGGAGCAAUGAAGGAAGAGGAGGGCCGGUCUCACCCACUGAGGAAGAGGAGGCUGAUGAAGAUAGCGACAGUGAGAUCUCCAGCGGAACAGGAGAUGUUUCUAAGGACUGUCCUGAGAAAAUCCUUGAGUCCUGGGGGGUUAUUCUCAACAGAUGGCACGGAAAUCUGUCCACUCGUCCGAAGGGUUUGCCUUCGCUGGUGCGCAGCGGCAUUCCUGAGCCGCUCAGAGCUGAAGUCUGGCAGCUGCUGGCAGGUUGCCACGACAACCAUGACCUGCUUGAGCAAUACCGCAUCCUCAUCACCAAGGAUUCGGCUCAGGAAGGCGUCAUCACUCGGGACAUCCACCGCACCUUCCCUGCACACGACUACUUCAAGGACUCAGACGGAGAUGGACAGGAUUCACUGUACAAGAUUUGCAAGGCCUACUCCGUCUACGAUGAGGAAAUCGGUUACUGUCAGGGUCAGUCGUUCCUCGCUGCUGUUCUCCUGCUGCAUAUGCCAGAGGAACAGGCCUUCUGUGUGUUGGUGAAAAUCAUGUAUGAGUAUGGCCUUCGUGCUCUCUACAAAAACAACUUUGAGGAUCUUCACUGCAAGUUCUACCAGCUGGAGAGGAUGAUGCAGGAACAACUUCCAGACCUGUGGUCCCACUUCCAGGAGCUAAACCUGGAGGCACACAUGUAUGCCUCCCAGUGGUUCCUCACCCUCUUCACCGCCAAGUUCCCCCUGUGCAUGGUUUUUCAUAUUACGGACCUGCUGCUAUGUGAGGGUCUGAACAUCAUCUUCAAUGUUGCUUUGGCUCUGCUCAAGACAUCUAAAGAGGACCUCUUACAGGCAGACUUUGAAGGGGCUCUCAAGUUCUUCAGAGUCCAGCUCCCUAAACGCUACAGAGCUGCAGAGAACGCUCGCAGGCUCAUGGAGCAAGCCUGCAACAUCAAGGUUCCAACCAAAAAGCUGAAGAAGUUUGAGAAGGAAUACCAGACUCUGAGAGAGAGCCAGCUGCAACAAGAAGACCCCAUCGAGCGAUACCAGAGGGAGAACCGUCGUCUUCAGGAGGCCAGUAUGAGGCUGGAACAGGAAAAUGAUGACUUGGCCCAUGAACUGGUCACCAGCAAGAUUGCCCUCCGGAAUGACCUUGAUCAGGCAGAGGACAAGGCCGAUGUUUUGAACAAAGAGCUGCUGAGCACCAAGCAGCGUCUUGUUGAGACUGAGGAGGAAAAGAGGCGACAGGAGGAGGAGACGGCUCAGCUAAAGGAAGUGUUCAGGAGAGAGCUGGAAAAAGCAGAGCUGGAGAUCAAGAAAACCACAGCAAUCAUAGCUGAAUACAAACAGAUCUGCUCCCAGCUGAGCACCCGGCUGGAAAAACAGCAGGCAGCCACGAAAGAGGAGCUGGAUAUUGUCAGGAGUAAAGUCAUGGGCUGUGACCAUUGCAGAGAUCUGUUCAGCACCCUCGGGUCCCUCCAGACAUCGUCACCCGGCAGAGACAAGACGUCCACCGAGCCGCUGGACGAGGAGAAGGAUGGGCUGAAGGAGCAGCUGAGGCAGCUGGAGCUGGAGCUAGCACAGACCAAACUACAACUGGUGGAGGCCAAGUGUCGCAUCCAGGAGCUCGAGCACCAGCGAGGAGUCCUGAUGAACGAGAUCCAGGCGGCCAAGAACUCAUGGCUCAGCAAGACUCUGGGCUCCCUGAAGAGCUCUGCAUCCUCAUCCUCCACCUCCAGCUCUACAUCCCAGACCCCAUCUUCUCCAAAGGAGGGCCCCGCCUAGAUGACCCCCUCCCUACCGUCUCCGUCCUCACACGAGCUGAAGAAAGGAGCGAUGAGAGGAUGCAGUAUUCCUUUUUUUCUCUCGCUGGUGGAAGAGCAGAGCUCAGCUGUUUCUUGAACUGCAAAAGGCUGAAAAUAUGAGCAAAGAGACGGGAGGAGGACAGAGCAAGAUUCCUGUCUGUCACGUAAUGUUUACAUUUCAGUGUCUGCUUCAGAGGUGAGGAGACAGGUGACUGCCAAUCAGGAGUCAGGUUUGAAAUUCUUUUAACUUCAGCAUUCGUAAAAGAAACUUUUUUAGCGUUUGAUGUCUAAAUUUUAAACUCUGAAUAUAAACAGAAACAUACUUAUGCUGUCAUCCCUCUUUUAUGUCAAUGAUUUAACGCCACCUAGUGGCCAGGCAUUGCUAUUGCAGGGUCUUACAUAUGAGUGUCUGAGUCAUAAAACACAUUGAAAGAUUAUGGCCACAGCUGUAGAGAAAGAAAGAGAGUUUAAAAUAACGAAACUCAGUGCAGUGAAGCCACAGCACCCUUAAAAAGGAAUACUGCAUUCCCAACACAAAAAGUGGUAUUUCUUUAUAGUAAUAUAACGUAAACAAUGUUGUCAUAUAAAUAUGUAUAACUAAUUAUUGAUUUUUGUAAUAAUCUUGUACAGUUCUUUAAGAGAAGAAAACACAAGGAAGAGUUCUUUGUUAAUUUUUUUUAUUACUGUUUUUGAAUUUUGAAUGUCAUCUCUCUAGAUGUUGACGUAAGCACAGUGUGUGAUCGAUCAGGUCGAGUCCAAAUGCUGAGGUGACAACCUGCAGAGUUGUUUUUGUGGUCAGAGUUUGUGAUAUUACUUGUUAAGGUUUUUAGCCCCCCAAUGUAUUAAAAUGGAAGAUUUGUUGGCUUCCUUCUACCUAAGAGAGAUUCAGCUGGAAUUACUUUAAAAUUUAUAGUCUUGCAAUUUCUUUGAACUAAGUACACAAGCUUACCAUGUUUUAUAAGUGUUAAAAUGGUUUUAAAAUAGUCUCUUUUAAUCCUAUUUUAUAAAGACACAACCCUUAUCUCUCGUGUCUAAACAAGUCAGGUAUCACUCCUCUUUUUGUCUUUUAGAAGGAGCAGGUUUAAGUUUAAUCCUUCCCAGACUGAAAAAUGGCUCUUAGAGUGAAAUAAUCCAUCACUAAUUAUGGAGGCAGUCGGUGUUGUGUAAUGUAAAGCGGGUAACACCCACUGGAAGUGAAUCAACUCUUAGCUAAACAUUAAUAAGCAAGAUUAAGUUGUAUUUACUAUUGAACGUUGCCAAAUUUUCCAAGGGCCAUUUGCACAGCUGUGCCAACCUUCUCUCUGCCCUUUGUUGUGUCAAGAUCCUGUUUUUAAACUCAUUACACAAUGAGAACAGCAGGUUCUCUAAUCUUCUCCUGAGUCCAUGUAGAGCUGCUAGUUAUUGGUCAGUGCUAACACUUCAGUAGUAUCUGGGUGAAAAUAUAGCUCCUAUUUAGAGGCAAAAAUUCAUGUUAUAAGGAAAUACCAACAUUCUUGACAGUUUCAGUGUGAAUAAGACUGAACAGCAGCCGGUGCAUCAUGUGAAAUUGUAAAAAAGAGAUAAUUUAAAGCUUCUUUGAGGAACUUUUGGUUUGUGGUGAUUUGUUGCACCCCCUGUAGACAAAAGCAGUACCUCUGAUUAAAUAGUAUAUCUUUAAGGUCUUUGCACACUGCGUUCGUUUUUGUCAUCCAAAUGUUUCUCAUGUUGAAAAAGAAAAUAGAGCUGAUGUUGUGAUCAUGUUUGCUCACUGAUGCUGUUUGUAGCCUACGCCCAGGUCAUAUCAGAGACUGAACUGAAAACUUCUCCAUCUAUACGACUCAGCACAGCGCUAUGAUGCAUGAGCAUGUGCUCUAUGAAGAUCACUGUCAGGAUGGAAAGAUCCAGAGUGAUUUUAAAAGCUGACAGCAUAACAGGCUUGCAGUAUGAUACAAUUUGCUACGUUCUGGAAAUUUUCGUAGUGAACGCAAAUAAAAAUGCACCGAACUCUGUGCAAGGUUAGUUGCAUCUGAAAAUAACAGAGCCAGUGUGUGAAAACCUGAAGUCUUGUGCAUUUCUAAGCAGUGUUUAAUGGAAAAAGUCAUCAUGUUUUCUUUUUAAGUGUAAAAUGAAUCACUUGGUGUGAAUGUUUGCUGUGGAAAAAGUACAGGCUGUUUGUGCAGCCUCGUUGGACACCUACCCCCUGGCAGUAAUGUUAAGAAUACAGUGGUAGUCGAUCCUGUCGCCGAUGUUCUUGUAGGUCAUAAAGAGGCAUCACUAUUCUUUUCAGUCUGUUCCAUAACAGUUCCAUCAUGACUUUAAUUAAAGGAGCGACCCAUUGAAGCACAACCUAGCCAACUAAAAUGCAAGGAAGAAAGUAUUUUAAUCUGUGUACUUAGUGAACAAACACAGUAAGUUAGUAUCCUUGAAGCUCCUGUGAGGAGUUUUUAACUGGAACAGACUUUAACACUCAUACCUCUACUUGACUCAAGCAAGCAAACAAGACCAUUAAAAAUAUUCCAUAAAUGUGGAAUAUAAGAAUAUAAGGUAUGUAAGAUGCUGCCUGUUUUCGAAAAAGGUUGAAACUGUCCUCCUGUGUGAUGAGUUCUAUUGCGUUCAACAAAUGACCACAGCAGCUCUGCAUCUCUUUUCUCCAUGUUGACCUUGUUAUCCGUUUAGUAAGCUGGCUGAAAGUUGAUUGAUAAUUGUUCAAUACUGACCUAAAAGUCAUGAUGCCCACCUCUGCUUGUCACUAAGUGACGAGUCUUUUCAAUCAAACCAGCACUUCACAAGGCUUAUUUACUAAACAGUAUACAACUAUAUACUUUAAAUUUAGGAUUAUGACAUAAUGAGGGACAAAAGCUGCUAAAAUGGGUCACCAACAGCCUGGUUUGCAUUGCUUUGUAUCCCAGCCGAGUGAAAAACUGAAUGAAUAGGGUUGAAUUUUCAUAGCGUCAAGCAUGAUGGUGGCAGCAGCAUUUUAUACAGGUAUACUGUUUAAAUAAUAUUUAGGAAACAGUGAACUUUGAGAUGAAAAAAAUAUUCAUAGAAGUAUAUUUUAUACAACAGAUCUAUGGUACUUAUUUUAUGGCUAAAAGUGCUAAUACAGGAUAGAGUGUUUUACAUAUCCAUGGCAUGACAGUAAACUACGUAACGCUAAUUUGACAGGCAGCCGCUGCCGUUCACAUCAGUGGAGCCAGUUGGUAAAUUACACCAAACCAAAGCAAGUUGAAGGAAGUGCAAAAACAUAUUUCCCUACAAGAAAGGCCUUAAGUGAAGUUCUUUACUUUCUUUUUAUUUAAAUGUUGUACAGAUCUGAUGAAACUGCUGCUACAGCUGCAUCCAUGCUAAUCGUGUCUCUUUUGGUCAUGUCCAGAGGUUUAUAGCUUCAACUAAAACAUGCCUGUAGCUAUUGCUCUUUCACCUAAAGUGAUGCCGAUUGGUCCAGUCAUUUUCUUACUAGGAAGCAUUUCAUCUUGAUGGAUCUGCCUGAUCACAGACUUUGAAUCUGGCAAAUCCAUCAGCUUUGCAAGGCAAGAGGUUUCUGUGAUUAGCAGCAUUCAAAUCAAAAAGCUUUUUUCCUUUUAUUUUUCCAUUAAAGAGAUUAAAUUAAAGUUUGACGUAGGACACUUUGAAAUAGACACUUGUCUGUUUUACUUAUAAAUGCAUAUGAUAUCAUCAGGAAAGAGAUGAAAUGUAGGGCCUCGUCCACGGAUGGGUGCUAAAAUUCCUCACAACCCAGAACUUCCCUGCAGAAGCUGUAACAUGAACACAUUUUAUGCCUGUGUUAGCAAACACAGAGCUGCAGCAUAUGUGCCAAAUCUGCUUCCUCUGCUCUGGUUAUCAUUGCAUUCAGCCUUUGGACUCGUACCACGCCCAUGUGUACGUGUAUGUGUGUGGAUGUGUGUAUGUGUGUACAUGUGUGUUCUGCACUGUUACCCAAUGGUAAAGUUGAAAAUGGUUACCUGUUCACGUGGCUGCCUUUCUGUUGAUGACUGAAGCCUUCUGCUGAUGAGAGGAAAGCCAUCUGACUGUUGAAAACGUGAGAUGGAGUCAGCUGUGCCAUAAAAGUCUCCCCUUCUGCUCCUGACACAUCGCCCUCAACAACCAUGUCAUGUGAUCUGCUGGAUAUCAUUUUAUCACUCAUUUAAUCCCUUAAGAAGGACCACCGAGCAGCUCCAUCAUGGAGGUGUGACGUUAUCAUGGAUAUGGAGGGAGAGCUCAACAGACUGGCUGAAUAUCAUUAAACUCGAGGACAUUCCUUCAAUAUGGCGCAUCAUUUCUGUUGACAGUUAUAAAAUGUCAUGUAAACUGUGGCAAAGUUAAAGUGAGAGCCCCCGGUCUUUAACAUGCACUAAAGCAAACAUUGAUAUUUUAAACACUAUCUCUACAUGUGUGUUUGUUUGAAUGUUAUUCUGAUCACAGAGCAUAAUUAUUUUUUAACUGAUUAUUAUUGUUGUUGAGAGGACAGCUGCCAGUUUAUAAUCCACUCUAAUCCACAGUUAAUUUCAACGAUGCAAAUGCAGACGGGUAGUCCGCUUAGAGGUGUGAUGUGUUAUAAUCAGUAAAACAACAGUCCUGUUACACUUGGAGAGAGCGCUCCUCAACACUGUUUGCUGUACAGUAACUGUCUGAUCUGCAUUAAUAAAUCUCAGUUUUUCUCUUUA